AUCCUCAGUGUAGUGUAGUGCCUUUGCUGCUUGUAUCAAAGGACGAAGCGACAAUGAGGUGCACCUUACUCACCAGCAUUGUGGCCUUCACUGGCGUGUACGCCGCAUCGACCUUGCACUUCGAUAGGGAUGAAGUAGGACAUCUGCGAAGUAUCCCAGCAGGUUGGAAAGAGCUCGAGAAGGCGCCUCCGCAGAACAAGAAGCUGCACUUUCGCAUUGGCAUGCACUCUCCCAACCAUGACAUCUUUGAAGAGACCCUUUUCGCAGUCUCCUCUCCCGAUCAUCCCAGGUACGGACAGCACUUGAAGCGAGAGGAGCUCAAAGAUCUCAUCAAACCGCACGCUGAAGCUACGUCUGCCGUUCUCCAAUGGCUGCGUGACUCCGAAGUGCCCAGCGAGGAUGUUGUCGACGAUGGCGAAUGGAUCAGCUUCGUCGCGCCCAUCUCCAAGGCGGAGAGCAUGCUCAACGCUACCUUCAAAAACUACCAGUCCACCGUGCGCCCAGACAUCACCAAGAUCCGGACGCUUCACUACACUGUCCCGAAGGAGAUUCGCGACCACAUUGACCUCAUUCACCCCACGACUCGAUUCGGGGAGAUUCGUCCGCAGCACAGCAAUGUACGCAUCCAGGAAGCUGUGCCUGCCCUUUCCGUAGCUGGCGCAGUCAAUGCGACUUGCAACACCACAAUCACACCCGCGUGUCUCAAAGAUCUGUACAACUUUGCGGACUACAAACCGGGAAAUGCGAGUGUCACUAUUGGCGUGACAGGAUAUUUGGAGCAAUACGCCAGAUUCAAGGACUGGGCACAGUUUGCUGCUUUGUACGCCCCGGAAGCUGCUCAAAGCAAUUUCACCUGGAGUUCAGUCAAUGGCGGCAUUCUCGACCAGCGCGCAACGAAUAGCAGCGUAGAAGCCAACCUUGACGUCGAAUAUACGCUCGGUCUCGUCGGUCCAAGCUUGAAAGUCAACUUUUUCAGCACCCCCAACCGCGGGUUCUUGAUCCCGGAUUUGGACCAGCCUUCCCAGGAAGAUAACCAGAACGAGCCCUACCUCGAUUUCUUUUCCUACGCUCUUGCUUUGCCGGAUGAAGAGCUGCCACAGGUCAUCACCACAUCUUACGGAGAAAACGAACAGAGCGUGCCUGCUGAGUACCAGAUGAAGGUGUGUGAUCUGAUCGGGCAGCUGGGCACCCGCGGAGUGAGCGUUCUCUUCAGCAGUGGAGACACAGGAGUCGGAAGCGCUUGUCAGACAAACGAUGGAAAGAACACGACGCGUUUCCUGCCUAUCUUCCCGGCAUCAUGCCCCUAUGUAACAGCGGUCGGUGGUACCAUCAACGUAGAGCCCGAGUCAGCGGUUGAUUUCUCUUCGGGCGGGUUCUCGGAUCUUUGGGCGCGCCCGAAGUACCAGCAAGAGGCUGUCAACGGCUACUUGUACAAACUCGGAGCGCGAUGGGAAGGCCUUUACAACUCCCAGGGGCGGGGUUUCCCCGACAUUGCAGCACAAGGGCAGCGGUUCCGCAUCGUCGACAAGGGCGCCGAAUUCCACAUAGGCGGCACGAGUGCAUCUGCGCCCGUGGUUGCUUCCAUCGUGGGUCUUUUGAACAAUGCACGCCUCUCUUCCGGGAAGCCUGCUUUGGGAUUUUUGAACCCUUGGCUGUACAGCACAGGCCACAGGGGACUCAACGACAUCACACGCGGGGGAUCGAGAGGGUGUACCGGGAGGGACAUAUAUUCUGGUCUCAAGACGCCAUAUGUUCCUUACGCCUCGUGGAAUGCGACUGCUGGUUGGGAUCCGGUGACGGGGUACGGCACCCCUGAUUUUGAGAAGCUUCUUCGGCUUGUCAAUGUGUCUUCUUCGUACGGGUCGUAG